UAUAUAUGGGUUCAGGGUUUUGGUUCAACUCUAUAACAUGCCUAAAUAUAUUUAAGGGAAAUAAACAUAGCCAAAUUCAGAAUUCUGGGAAUAAGUCAAAUGGAUCAAAGUGUAAGUACUUAAAGAAUUCCAAAUUAACUCAAGACUUUGCUGCUACAAAAAUCCAGUCUGCUUAUAGGGCAUACAAGGCAAGAAAGACUUUAAGGCGUCUAAAGGGAAUAGUGAGAUUUCGAGAAGAGGGGCAUUAUAGUCAUUGUGUCGAAAAACAGACAAUCUCAGCUCUAAAUCAUAUCCAUUUGUGGAGUAAGAUACAAGCCGAGAUUAGGGCUCGAUGGCUAGCCAUGGUUAUCGAAUCCCGAUCGACUCAGAAAAAACUCGAUAACCAGUUCAAACUUGACGCUAAGCUCCAUCAACUAGAGGUAGAAUGGAACGGUGGCUCCGAAAACAUGGAAGAAAUUCUUAACAAAAUACAAUGCAGAGAAACAGCAGCCGCUAAACGAGAAAGAACGAUGGCUUACGCUUUCUCCCACCAGUGGAGAGCGAAUUCGAGUCAGUAUUUUGGACAAUGUUACUAUGAUUUGAGCAAAGAGAGCUGGGGAUGGAGCUGGAAAGAACGAUGGGUUGCCGUUCGCCCGUGGGAGAAUCGGUGCCAAACGAGGCAUUCCCAUUUCAAGAAAAAUCGAAACUAACGAAAACCGGGUUUUUUUUUUGCCGAAAUAAAAUUAUUUAAUGUGGUUUGUUAAACUUGUGAUGGUGAUGGAAGCUUCUUUUUGCAAUAAGUUGUUUGGAUUAUUACAUUUGUUACUAUAUUUGUGUCCCUAAUGUUUUUUUUUAUUUUAAAGAUGAUUGUUUUGCUUUCUGUCAUUUGUUGGUUUUAUUUAAUUUCUGCCUGCCAAACUGUUCAUGCAUUUAUUUUUAAAUUUAUUUAUUUUUUUAUUUUACUACCUUACAACAUCUAACAAACAAAGAUUCUGACAUUCCCUCCUCAAUCUGGUGUCCUACCAAAAAAAAAAAACAAU